GGAGCUAAGCAGCUCGGGGUCCAGCCUGCUCGGCUGGGCUCCGGGCAGAGAAGCAGCUCCACGCUGGGCGGGGAUGGGUCCCUAUACUGCCUGGGUCUGAGCUGGGCCAGCGAAGCCACCUGUCUCUCUCCCUCCCGGGGACCCUGAGACUCCUGGGCUAUAGAGGUCGGCCAGGCUAAGGGCCUGGGGAUGCCCCCUGCCUGGCCCCCUUGCCCUGACUGGCAGGGGGGCCGGGCCGGGCCGCAGUACCCCGCUCCCGCCAGCCAUGGAUCUCCUACCCCCCAAGCCCAAGUACAACCCCCUGCGGAAUGAGUCUCUGUCAUCGCUGGAGGAGGGGGCCUCUGGGUCCACGCCCCCGGAGGAACUGCCUUCCCCAUCGGCUUCAUCCCUCGGGCCCAUGCUGCCCCCUCUGCCCGGGGACGACAGUCCCACCCCCACCCUGUGCUCCUUCUUCCCCCGGAUGAGCAACCUGAAGCUGGCCAACCCAGCUGGGGGGCGCCUGGGGCCGAGAGGGGAGCCAGGACGGGCAGCCGAGGAUGGGGAGGGGACCUCAGGGGCCGCCGUGCCGGACUCGGGCCCCCUGCCUCUCCUCCAGGACAUGAACAAGCUGAGUGGCGGCGGCGGGCGCAGGACUCGGGUGGAGGGGGGCCGGCUGGGGGGCGAGGAGUGGACCCGCCACGGGAGCUUUGUCAACAAGCCCACGCGGGGCUGGCUGCAUCCCAACGACAAAGUCAUGGGACCCGGGGUUUCCUACUUGGUUCGGUAUAUGGGCUGUGUGGAGGUCCUGCAGUCCAUGCGUGCCCUGGACUUCAACACCCGGACUCAAGUCACCAGGGAGGCCAUCAGUCUGGUGUGUGAGGCUGUGCCGGGUGCCAAGGGGGCCACGAGGAGGAGAAAGCCCUGUAGCCGCCCCCUCAGCUCCAUCCUGGGGAGGAGUAACCUGAAAUUUGCCGGGAUGCCAAUCACACUCACAGUCUCCACCAGCAGCCUCAACCUCAUGGCGGCUGACUGCAAACAGAUCAUCGCCAACCACCACAUGCAGUCCAUCUCCUUUGCAUCCGGCGGGGACCCGGACACAGCUGAAUAUGUUGCCUAUGUUGCCAAAGACCCCGUGAAUCAGAGAGCCUGCCACAUCUUGGAGUGUCCUGAAGGGCUGGCCCAGGAUGUCAUCAGCACCAUUGGCCAGGCCUUUGAGUUGCGCUUCAAACAGUACCUCAGGAACCCACCCAAGCUGGUCACCCCCCACGACAGCCUUUUCAUUGUCGGCCCACCCCUCUCUCUGCCUUGCCAUUUCUCUGGCCCUUCCUGCCCCGAGGAGCCCCCCCUUUCCUCAGCAGGUCGAGAGCUCUUUGAUGAUCCCUCUUACGUCAAUGUCCAGAACCUAGACAAGGCCCGGCAAGCCGGGGGCGGGCCUCCCAACCCUGCCGUCAAUGGCAGUGCGCCUCGGGAUCUCUUCGACAUGAAGCCCUUUGAAGAUGCACUCCGGGGGCCUCCGCCUCCCCAGUUGGUGUCCAUGGCUGAGCAGCUCCGAGGGGAGCCCUGGUUCCACGGGAAGCUGAGCCGGCGGGAGGCCGAGGCGCUGCUGCAGCUCAAUGGAGAUUUCCUGGUUCGGGAGAGCACCACCACGCCGGGCCAGUAUGUGCUCACCGGCCUGCAGAGUGGGCAGCCCAAGCACCUGCUGCUGGUGGACCCUGAGGGUGUGGUACGGACAAAGGAUCACCGUUUUGACAGCGUCAGUCAUCUCAUCAGCUACCACAUGGACAAUCACUUGCCCAUCAUCUCGGCGGGCAGCGAACUUUGUCUCCAGCAGCCUGUGGAGCGGAAACUGUGAUCCAUCUGGAUGCCAUCUCCCUGAGGAUGCCCUCAAGCCCGCCUGCCCUGUUUGGGACUCUCGGGACCUCUAGCUCUGUGGCCGUGGCCUUGGGUUAGAGCUGGCCGUGGCGUGGACACAUGAGCUCAGCGGCUGGCUGAGCGGGUUUAAGUCAGGAGACUCGGGCAGAGCCUUGCUUUCCCCCAACCUCACCAAAGUAUUACUGUACAGAGUGGCCUCCUUCCCUGGGCCUGCCUGUGCCAAUCUGUAACCCCUUUCCCCAGGAAGGUGGGUGCUUGAGACCUAGGCAGCACCUCUUUGUGCUAGAAAAUGCCCUGUGGUGAGCUGUCAUCCUUCCAGGGAAGGGGGAAUGAGUCAUACCUUUGGUCUACCCCUGGGCUCAGGGCACUUCCCCUCCCCCCCUCCCCCACCCAGUGUUUAAACGUUGUGCCUUUGACCACCUCCUAGGUCUGAAGAUAUUUUAUACAAAGAGUUCUCCUUGGGUCCCUGAGGUCUGGACUUGGGUCCCGGACACCUUGGCUUCGGGACUGUCCUUGCCUUACUAGGCAGUCCCUCCAUUGUGAGUUGGGAGAACAGGCAGGAAGAGUAGCUGUCCCCUCAGGGGAUAUGCAACCCAUAUAAAGUCAGGGUCCCAGCGCCCCUCUCCCGGCUAGGGGGGAGAUGGACCCGUCCCUUGCUCAGUGCCUCCUGGCCGGGAGCCCCCUCACAGACGGGGUCUGUAUAUACAUUUCAUAACCCCUCCACCCCCUCCCGUGUUGCAUGCACGUAAUACUCCACAGCCAAAGGGCAGCCCUUCUUCUGGCAGCUUCUGCCCAGCCUCCAUCUGCCAGAAGGGUGGGAGACGGGGGAAGAGCAAGCGUUGGGUUGCUGUUAACCCCCAAGUAGGCAGUUCAAACCCACCAGCGACUCCUCAGGAGAAAGAUGAGGCUGUCUGCUCCCUUAAGAGAUUUGCACCCCAGCAAACUGUCUAGGGUGGCCAUGCAUGGUGGUAGACUUGGGUAGGUACCAUUAAGGCUUUGGGUGGUACUAGCAGUGGGUGGGCACAGAUUUUCCCAAGCGGAUUUUUGUGGUGGAGGGAUCGGGUAGGAAGACUAAAGCAGUAGACAAUCCCCAAAGGCCAUCUCGAGAUUUGGAUCUGCUUUUACUUUAUAUUUUAUAUGCAUUGGUUUUUAGGGCUGUAGAUGGACAUUUCCUGAUUUUGUUUUACAUGGCUUAUUCUGGAGCACAAAAUUAUUAUAAUCGAUUCUGUUUAUGUAAUCACCUCUCCAACUUUGCAAAGCCCUUUUUACAACUUUUGGCAUUUCCUCACCCUGGUCUGUGAGGCAGUCGGGAGGGGCAGCAUUAUCUUUUUUUACCGGAGACCCCAGGCGGAGGAAAGUGGCUUUGGAGCUGGGACUGGAGGAAGCGCGGCCCCCUGGCCGCCGAGGCCAGCUGGCAGCGGGCAGGCGUUGGGCUAAGUACGAGUUGAGGUUUCACGAAGGGACAGGCACACGCAAGCCUGCAGGUAGCUAUUUAUUGUGGCCCGGCCCUGGCUCGGCUCGCAGCGGGCCUUGCGGAUACGGGGGUCGGCUCGGUCCGUGUUUCGUUUGGAUGUUUUCACGGGUCUCACCUUAUACCAAAGGGAAAUAAUCCUUAUUAAAGUCCGUAUUUCUUCUA